GGCGGGGCUCGCUACUGCAGCCCACCGGGCGCGCUGGGGCUCUCUGCGUGGUCCUAGCGUCCGCCGUCGCACAGGGCCGACUUCGCCGUCCAGUACCCGAACUCUUCGCGUGCCCUUGGCUGCCCUGCGCCGGCUGCCCCGCGCCGAGGCCCCGCCCGCCAUGUGGAGCGCGCCCCCGCUGGUCCUCCUCUCCCUGCUCGCCCUCUGGAGUCGCGGGGACAGCCGCCUGGCCAACGCAGAGGAGAAGCUGCUGGAUGACCUGCUGAACAAAACCCGCUACAACAACCUCAUCCGCCCAGCCGCCACUUCCUCGCAGCUCAUCUCCAUCAAGCUGCAGCUGUUCCUGGCCCAGCUCAUCAGCGUGAAUGAGCGAGAGCAGAUCAUGACCACCAAUGUCUGGCUGAAGCAGUGCUGGACCGACUACCGCCUGGCCUGGAACAGCUCCCACUAUGAGGGUGUGAACAUCCUGAGGAUCCCAGCCAAGCGCGUCUGGUUGCCAGACAUUGUGCUCUACAACAAUGCCGACGGGACCUAUGAAGUGUCGGUCUACGCCAACGUGGUGCUCCGCUCCAACGGCAGCAUCGAGUGGCUGCCCCCCGCCAUCUACAAGAGUGCCUGCAAGAUUGAGGUGAGGCACUUCCCCUUCGACCAGCAGAACUGCACCCUCAAGUUCCGCUCCUGGACCUAUGACCACACGGAGAUCGACAUGGUCCUGAUGUCGCCCACGGCCAGGAUGGACGACUUCACGCCCAGCGGCGAGUGGGACAUUGUGGCCCUCCCGGGGCGGAGGAUGGUGGACCCCCUGGACCCCAGCUAUGUGGACAUCACCUACGACUUCAUCAUCCGGCGCAAGCCGCUCUUCUACACCAUCAACCUCAUUGUGCCCUGUGUGCUCAUCACCUCGCUGGCCAUCCUCGUCUUCUACCUGCCGUCCGACUGUGGUGAGAAGAUGACGCUGUGCAUCUCCGUGCUGCUGGCGCUCACCUUCUUCCUGCUGCUCAUCUCCAAGAUUGUGCCGCCCACCUCGCUGGAUGUGCCGCUCAUUGGCAAGUACCUCAUGUUCACCAUGGUGCUGGUCACCUUCUCCAUCGUCACCACUGUGUGCGUGCUCAACGUGCACCACCGCUCGCCUAGCACACACACCAUGGCCCCCUGGGUCAAGCGCUGCUUCCUGCACAAGCUGCCCACCUUCCUCUUCAUGAGGCGCCUCGGCCUGGAUAACAGCCUGGCCAGCGUCCCCCAGCCUGGCCAGCAGCCCCCGACUAAGACCAAGGCCGCUGCCGGCUCUGCCAACUUCUACAGCAACUCUAUGUACUUUGCGAACCGUGCCCCUGCGGCGCCCAAGUCCCUGGCUGGCUCCCACACCGAAGGCAUUGCCAAGGAUUUCCGGCUGAGGUCCUCGAGGAGAUUCGGGCAGGAUGUGCGGGAGGCCCUGGAGGGGGUCAGCUUCAUUGCCCAGCACAUGAAAAGCGAUGAUGAGGACCAGAGUGUCAUUGAAGACUGGAAGUACGUGGCCAUGGUGGUGGACCGGCUGUUCCUGUGGGUGUUUGUGUUUGUGUGUGUCCUGGGCACCGUGGGGCUCUUCCUGCCUCCCCUGUUCCAGACCCACAUGCCUUCUGAGGGGCCCUAGGGUGCCUGCCCAGCAUGUCCAGGGGCCCCUGGGUGGAGGGGUGGGAUGACAUGCACUGCCAGGUGGGAGAAUUCUGCUCCCUUCUGGGUCACAGCUGAUGAGCUGAACAGAUAUGUGACUAUCGGCAAUCAACCCCAUCAAAUCAGCCACAGCCUUGAGAGGUGCAGAAUGGGGGCCUGCACUGUUCUCUCCAAAUGCCUUAGAGGGAGCCCCAGCAUGUGGGGGUGGCUACAGACAGUUGAAUUCCUCCCAUGCCAGACCUGGGGUGAGAUGAACAUCCAGCAGCCUCUACUAUGUGCAUACUGGCAGAACCUACUACACACCAGGCCCCUCCCUUCAGCCACCCCCCAGCCUUCCUCCACCUGUUUACUGGGCUCUCUGCUUGCCUUUCAACCCCAUGCACACUUCCAGUUCUUCUCUGCCUCAGGGCCUUUGCACCUGCUGUUCCUGCUCCCCAAUCUCCUUCCUAUGUCUGUGCUAGCCAUGCUGUCUUCCACAGCUGCAUUGGUCAGGGCUUGCUCCUGUGGUCCUCUGCUCCAAUGUCACCUCCUAGAGGUUUUCCCUGAUCUCCCAUCCUAAAGCAGCCUCUCUCAUGACCGUGUCAUAGCCUCAAGCCCCUCAGUACCAGCAGUCCUUAUCUGGUGGCUCCCUUAUCACCCACAUCUCAUCCUAGAGUGUGUGCUCCAGAGAGCAGGGGCCUGGGACAUAGCAGGUGCAAAAUAAAUGUGUGUUGAAAGAA